UUCGCAAACCAUUGGAGUCGCUCCCAUAGUUUGUGCUGGGAUACAGUCAUCGCAGAGCAUUUAUUUUAAAUAAAGCAGGGGCUAAUAUGGCGACGUUGGGACCAGACCCUCGUCCCCAUUCCCAGCUCUCUUCUGCCUCGAUACAAAGUAACAUCAGUGGCAAUAACCUGCCUCCCAACCGCGGCUUGGAAAGAGCGUUGGAAGAAGGAGCGAACUCCGGGUUUUUUAACCUCAGCGCCAGGAAACUCAAAGAAUACCCCAGGACAGCAUCUAACUACGAUUUAUCAGAUACGGUGGAAGCAGACCUGUCGAGGAAUCGUUUGGCGGAGGUCCCCUUGGAGGUGUGUCACCUGGUUGCCUUGGAAACUCUGAACCUCUAUCACAACUGUAUCAAGACCAUUCCUGACACCAUCAUCAGCCUACAGUCACUCACCUCCUUAAACCUCAGUCGGAACCAGCUGUGUGCUCUGCCAGCCUCCCUGUGUGGGUUGCCCCUACGAGUCCUCAAUGCCAGCAACAACAAGCUGGUGUGUAUACCUGAGGCCAUCGGGCAGCUCAGGAGCCUCAUGGAGCUGGAUGUGAGCUGUAAUGAGAUCACUGCUCUGCCCCGUCACAUCGGCCGACUCAAGGCCCUCCGAGAACUCAACGUCCGCAGGAACCUGCUCUGUGUCCUACCUGAAGACUUGGCGGAGCUUCCCCUGGUGAAGUUUGACUUCUCCUGUAACAAGGUGUCCACCAUCCCAGUGUGCUACAGGAAAAUGUCCCAGCUCCAGUCACUACAGCUGGAGAACAACCCCCUACAGAGUCCCCCUGCACAGAUCUGCAUAAAGGGAAAAGUUCACGUAUUUAAGUACCUGAGCAUCGAGGCGUGUCGGAGUGACAAGAUGCCUGACUCUCUCUACCUGCCUGUCAUGGAGCGCCUCAGCCUAUCACAACCCACCACUGGCAGCACGGAGGACAUUGACCAGAAUAAGAAACAGGACACUGACUCAGGAGUUGGCAGCGACAACGGGGACAAGAGACUGUCUGCCACUGAGCCCUCAGACGAGGACAGCUUGAGUCUCAAUGUCCCCAUGUCCCACAUCACAGAGGAGGAGGGGCUAAGCAAAGACGACUCCAGCGAACACAUCAGUGCUCUCACAGCGGACCCCCACAGGGACGGGGUGCAACUGAUAGAGGAGAGCCCCACUGAGGCCCUGAAGGAACAGUUUGGCUACAGAGACUCUUCUGCUCUCAGCAACUGCUUUGUCAGUUACAUCAAGGGACGGACGGCAGACUACGACGAGCCCCUCAGGAUAGAAGAAGACACACACUGGGCCUCAGAACAGACGUCAAAGGUUACGGAAGGAACACACAUUGCCAUGAUCAACCAGCUGAAGGAGGCUGUGGAGCUACUACAAGACCCUAACAGAGUGAAUAUGGAAACAGAGGACCUGUCUGGAAUUCAGCUCUACCCUGUUGAGAUGGUCAUGGUGGAGGACUCUAUCAAUGGCCAAGACAGUGACGGCGGUGACGGACAAACCACACCCAAGUGGGACAUUCCCGAUGGAGGCUUUGAGUUCCAGAAGAAACGAGAGUUGAUUCUAGAGAGGGCCAGGCUGGAGGCCCAGCUUGCAUGCCAACAAUAUGAGAGACAUAUGUCCAACCAGGGAGAAGACCGAGUUCCAGGCAGCAGUCCCACGUUUACCAUCCCUGCCUUUGGGCUGAAGCCUCGCUCAGCCCCCGCCUCACUGCCCUGCUCGCCCCCGCCCUGUCUCCGCCCCCUCCUCACACAGGCCCUGUCCGUCGAUAGAGACACUCCCCCUAGACCAGUCGAUGGAGGCAUGCACAGCAGUGUAUUCCUGAGGACCCAUAAGACCCUGGAGUCUGUUGACCCUCAGUUCACCAUGAGGAGGAAGAUGGAACAGCUGAGAGAAGAGCUGGAGCUGAUGGAACAACUCAGAGACAGCAUAGAGAGCAGACUGAAGGUGGCACUUCCUGAAGACCUAGGCUCCUCCCUCAUGGAUGGGGUGGUGCUCUGCCAUCUGGCCAAUCACAUUCGCCCACGCUCCGUGGUCAGCAUCCAUGUGCCCUCGCCUGCUGUGCCCAAACUCAGCAUGGCCAAGUGUCGGCGGAACGUAGAGAACUUCCUCGAUGCCUGUAGGAAGAUGGGCGUUCCCGAGUCUUCCCUCUGCUCAGCUUAUGACAUCAUCCAGUGUCACCUGCGGCCGAUCCGUGUUACCGUGUGCGCCCUGGUCACCAUGGAGACCCCCACAGAGGGGAGGGACUCAGACAGACAGGGGGAGGGCCCAAACCCAAGCCCUGCCCCCGAGGCUUCUACACAGGUGGCCCAGGCUCCGCCUCCAGCAUGGCAGCCGUGGGACCUGAUUUGCUCGAGCCUGUUACACGUGUUCUGUCUCCUCCUGCUGUUUGUGGCCUAUAGCUGGAGCGAGCUGACGUAACACCACCUGUCAAUCUCCUGUCAAAGCCCGCCCUGCCCUCCGCAUUUGCCAACACUUCUCCUCCGCAAUCCUCCUCUUUUUCUUCAACCUCUUGUUUCUGUGCUCUUCUCCUCUGUCCGGGAAAACUACUGAUUCACACACACACAACAGUGUCUCAUACACAGUUGCAUUCAUGCACAAAUUGCAGAUGCGCACCAUUAAACUCCAAUAAAUACUGACUCACAACCUCACACGCAUGCAUUCAUAUACUGUCCCCACCAAUACUGCACAUUCCAACUGUUGAAAAGAAGCCUGGAGCUUGUACACAAGAGUUACCUGAAGUCUCUCUACAACUCUUUGGCCAAUGCGUCAAAUCAAGCCUGUCAUGUUGGACUGUUCGUUUUAUUAAUGCCCUCUGGGGUCACAGACAUGUCGUAUGGGGUCAUACACACUGAUUCCCCAUGUGGUCAUACAGUCUCUUUGUUCCAUACAGCCUGUCUAGUUUGGGUCCAGUCCAGGUAAGCACAGAGCACUAGUACAGCUCCUCUAUCAAGCUGGAUCUUGGAGCUUUUUUGUCACAUUGGUCACUCUCUUCAAGACACAUCAGAUACAGUAUAACAACUGUAUUAUUUAUACGUUUACGUCUGUUUGAAGGAAAUGGCAACGCUCAAUAGUAAUGCCAUCCAUGACACAAAGACACAACAAGCAGUGAAUAGGUUUGGACCUAAUAAACACACCACUUAUGACUAGACUGUAAUAUGUCACACAGCACACUGUCACUAAAUAAAGUUCAAUAAUCACGUCACUACUGCACAUCUCUACCACUCAACCAUCUACGUUACUCUCGGACUACUAUAGUUGAUUUACCCUGGGGGAGUUACAUUACUAAGGUAAAGUAUGUAUACGUUUUGGGCCAACUGUUGUGCUAUUCUGUCGUGGUUCAAGCCAUAUAUUCAUUUUCUUAUUUUAAAACCUCAAGAAGGUACUUUGGAUGGAAGUUUAUUUUACCCAAGCACCUGGACUGAAUACAAGGUGUGCAAUGAUCAUUUCUAAACAUACAAUCAUUUGCACAUGCAAUUUUACAGAACUGACUAAUCUGGAGGUGUUAUGUUGAAGGGCUAGUGAAUAUGAUAUGUGAACUGUACUAUACUGUACUAGAAGCUCAUUCAUUUAUAUGAGAGCUUUGAUACUUUGAGACCAGCAGUGCUGCUACUGUCCAUUGAUGUAUGUCUGUAGUUGAAUUUAAAGCAAUGAGGGUUAACCUAAUUUUCUAACUUAAUUUAAAAGCCAUGGAUGUAGUGUCCAAAGUUGCCCCCAAACUGCCCAUCCAUUUCUAUCCAUAUUUUCCUUUUAACUCGGAUGCCAUGUUAGCUUAUUCACUGUUGUCAGGUCAACCUCGCCAGUGACUGCAAUUGGUACGCCAUUACUGUAUACUAUUAGUUGGGUGUGUUUUAACUCGUAGUCGGUGCUGAUUUUGAUGGACCUUGAGGCUUUUUCUGACUUGUAUAUCUGAUGGUGUGAAUGGAACUGGUAGUAAAUGUACAGUUUGGGGUUAUUUC